CAGCCAUCUACGCAGCACAGUAUCGCUAAAAUCCGCCGUCAAUCGUUUGAAACGGCGAUACCACUCCGGAUAUCCCUGUUUCAAACUCGCGAAGGAUACUAGAUUCUAGCAGGGAAGUGAAUUUGUUCGAAAAGGCACUUUGGGCCUCUACUUUCUGGAUAAGUCUACCAGGCACCAUGUUUUUCGGCUGCGGAGGUUGCCACCUGCGGUGCUGCGCCUUGAUACAGCAGCGUUCUCUGAGAGAUCCCCCUUGAUGCAAAUAUAAAUACCAGGAAGCUCAAGUUCAACUCACGCCACGAAACCAAUCUUGCUCUUAUCCUCCCGGAGUCCUAGUAGGUCAACGCACUGAUAAUUAUUCCACCUACUUUCAACGUUGCUGUCUCUCUCAUGGACUCCGACACGUCAAGGCAUGGCGGCUUCGUGUUCUAUCAUUACCAGCCCUCGCUAGCAGGGUCCGCAUUCUUUGCUAGUGUCUUCUUCCUUUCGACCAUCCUCCACGCAUGGCAAAUCAUUCGAACAAAAACAUGGUUCUUUAUUCCAAUGUUCGUCGGGACUCUGAUGGAAGGAAUCGGAUACGUUGGAAGAUGUCUCUCAUCUAGUGAGCCCUUGGAACUUGGACCGUUCAUCCUACAAUCUACACUCCUCCUCAUAUCCCCCGCCUUGUUCGCUGCGUCCAUUUAUAUUAUCCUUGGUCGUUUGAUUGUCCACCUGGGCGCACAAAAACAUUCCCUCGUGAGGGUCGACUGGCUCACCCGAACAUUUGUUACGGUUGAUGUUUUCAGUUUUCUAAUGCAGGGAUCCGGUGCUGGAAUCAUGGCGCAAGGAGCUGAAUCCAUGAACACAGGGCAAAAAAUCAUUCUCGCUGGAUUAAUCGUCCAGAUAAUUGGGUUUGGUGUUUUCAUGGUCGUAACCGUCGUUUUCCACCUCCGAAUCAAUAAAACCGUGGCCUCGACCUUCACUCGUGUGUCCCAGUACGAGCCCGACUCCGAUCGCGAGCGACCUGGCCCUGGGGUCCUCAGUCUCGGGCCCCGAGGGGUGUCCUGGAGGACGAUGUUGUGGGCCUUGUAUGCUGCGAGUGCGAUGAUCAUGGUGCGCUCGGUGUUUAGGGUCGUUGAAUACGCACAGGGAAAUGAUGGGUAUCUAUUGCGAAGCGAAGUUUGGCUGUUUGUUUUCGAUGGGGUGUUGAUGUUUAUUACUGUGGCUCUCUUCCACCCUUACCAUCCGUCGAAAGUUUUGGGGUCUACUAACACUGGCACUGGGAAUGUGAGGGAAGAGGACGGGUUUCCACUUGACUCGGUGGCAGCUCGAAGCAAUAGUCCGGAAGGGAACUAUAGUAGGUACUACAGAUAGCAUACCUAUGCGUCUAUAAAAAUGGACAGAAAUUGUCCAGCAUCGAUUUUUAAGUCGAGUAACCGUUGAACGAGUACCGAGC